AUGAAUAUAUAUACAACACCGAAAGGUGGAAAUGGCAACUUAGAAUUGAAAUUAAGUAAUAUAAAUUCGAGAAAGUUAUCAGGAUGUAUACCUUCACAUAUAAAAGGAUUUAGAAGACCUACGUUUAGUGAAAAAGGUGAGAUGACUUUUGUUUGUAAUCCAAAAAGGAACAAACAGGCAUGUUCUAAUUCUAGAGAAGAAGAAUAUGAAGAAAAAGAGAGUGAAUUUUUAGAUCAUUAUUUAAAAAAAUUAGACAGUGUAGAAAGGGAAAGAAGUAAAAAAAAUGAAAUGCUUUUCCCCUAUAUAAGUACAGAUUCAACUGCUAUGAUAACAGAAAAUGAAUUUAAUACUAGAAUAGCUAAUUUAAAGGGUCCAGUUGAUUCAAAAAUUAUGAUUUUGGUAUGGAAUUAUGUUAUUGAAUAUGAAAGAAGAAAAUAUAUUAAUAUGGUAGAUGACAUAAUAACUAUGUGUAAAUUGCUAGCUGAAUUUUAUAAUGUACCAUCUAACUAUGAGAGUAGUAUAAAGCAACAUGUAAGGAAUAAAAUGAUGAAGGCAUUAAUGAAAAAAGAAGAAUUUGAUUAUAAAAAUAUAAAAGAUUUUGCACGAGAUGAUGAUGGAAUAUGUGCUAGGUGGGAAUUCCAAAGGUAUGUACAAUUGAAGAGACGAUUAUGGAAAUAUUUUAGGGAAGCUAUGGAAGAAAAAUGGACUAAGAGGUUAUAUAAAUGGUUUAAGGGGUAUCCGCACACGUAA